ACGAAGCGUUGCAGCAACUCACACGCGAAUAGCCGCACUCUUGGUUGUGUAUAUACAAUGUAGGACGAGGGGACGGACAAAGUGAUGUAGUUCUGAGAUCGUAGCCCAGAGCUGUGUGUGUGUGAUGUGUAAGUGGAGAUGUAGAUGAGCAGCAGUCCAAGCAAAGAUGUGAUGAUGAAGUUGUACCAGUGCAGAGAUCUGUGCAUUGAUAGUGAUGUCCAGUUGACGAGAGAGUACAGCGUGCGAUGCUGUGUGAGGGGUUUGUGUUUAUAUUCACCUGUUUAGCUUCCUUGUGUUUUACAUUGUUUUUUAGUUCAACCCUGUGUCUUCACUGUCCAGUGAGGAUUCAAAAUACAACCCAAACCCGUCUCCAGAGGACAAAGUUCACGUUCUGGUUUGUGUACUUAAUGCUAACGUAUCAGAACUUGAAGACUCAAUUCUGCAGAAGAUGAAGGAAAUCAGAGAGAGAGCCAAUGACCUGGGGAUUCCCCAAAUGGCAAUAGUCACUAAAAUUGACGAGGUCUGUAAGGAAAUUAAAAAGGAUGUGAAAAACGUAUACAGGAGCAAACACCUGCAGAAAAAGAUGAAGGACUUCAGUGCGUCAGUGGGAAUCCCAUUGAACUGCAUCUUCCCUGUGAAGAACUACAGCGAGGAGAUCAGCCCCAAUGAUGACGUGGACACCUUGAUCCUGAGCGCCCUGAGACAGGUGAUCGACUCCGGAGACGACUUCAUUGACAAAUUUAAAAAGUAAUAAUCUGCUGUGGUUUCACUUUGUGACUGAUAGCUCUCAUGCUAAUGUGUUGUUGAAGAUUUUUCUAUUGAAUCUAACAUGCAAUGUUUUUGAAUUGAUUAUAAACAAAAUGUAAAAAGUAAAAAAACAGACAUUACCCCACAUGUACUCCAACAUUCACUUACUUCAUACUGGUUUCUGUCAGGAACAACUCAUAAUUCAUCGGAUAUCGAUACCGUCAUGGUUUUAUAAUGUUGGCAUAAAAUUGGUCAAGUAUCCAAGUAUUAUCUAGUGCAUAU